AUGCCUGCCGUCCGCAGAUGGCGAUCAUAUCUGCCGAGACCUCUCAGACUGGGAUCUCCAAUCCGCCGCGCUGCGUCGGGCACAUUGCUGUAUCUGGCUAGAGUAAUAGAUCCGAGCAUCUCACAGCGACGAACUUCGACACAACCGCCUAUUCCACUCUCGCCGGAACCUGCGCCACACAACUCCCUCGGGGACAGCGCGUCGUCACAUAUCGCCACGACCCAGCCGUCGACAGGGGUCGCCCCUUCGUCUGCAGAUGCUCCCAGCUCAUCUCAUGAGCAAUCGUUGCACGUCGUACCCGCGGCUCUGGGGGACCCACACUUGCAGAUGCCUUCACCUCCGCCAUCACCUCCACCCGCCACCGUGCACUAUGAUACCAACACCGGGACCCCUCCCAUGCCCGAUGCCACCUAUUCGGCGUAUGCGGAGAGUCUGCCGCCGUCGGCCCCAGCAUCUCCAGCCCACAAUGCGACCUAUACCCCGCCCGUGCACCCACCACUCAACUAUGACAUGACGCCCCAAGGCGCACCCGCCGUCUUGGCCAGUCCUCCGCAGGAACCCCUCGCGCAUCCUAUGGAGUUCCAACCGCCAGCCUCCGUGACGGUGACGCCUCAACAUCACGGUUUCGUUCUUCAAGCCUUCGUGCCCUCGCCGAUUCAGCGGCAGCUCAGAGCCGCAACACCGCCCACUAUCAGCCCUAGAGUUGUCUUGGGUCACAUGGGUGUAGGAGUCUUUUUCAACCCGGAUGAACUGGUCGAAGGGCAAUCGCCCGUGUUGGGAGUUAUGAGAACGCCGCGUGCUUCACCGAGGGCUUCUCCGUACGAUAGAGCUACGCUACAGAGGAGCACGAGGAGGACAACGUCGAUGCCGGAUCUGUUCGGGGGGAAUGCGGUGGCGUCUAGUUCGAGGAUCGGUCCAUCGGGGAACGACGAUCGUGAUGGCAUGGAGAUCGACGCGCAAGACCCUCGUGACAUUGCGCCCCGCGCGCCUAUGGUCGGUCCCUCCAUUGCGCCCGAGGACGACUCGUUAGACUCGCAGUAUAAUGCACCAAGGGACAACGCCCCGCCGAUCGCGUCUACUUCGCGUCUCUCGCCGGUACCGCCCGCGUCAGAGAACAACGAGACUCCCGAUAACGUUCAGGUUAUGGCCGCGGUUGAGCCUCGUACCCCGCCCUCUGCGCCUCCAACUAUGCGAUGGCACGCGCGCGACUUACCUCCGACGCCGACCAUUAGACACCUCGAUGCACAGGCGAUUGCUCCAUCGGACGCUGCGAAUCAGCCGGGUGGCCCACUUGGUCUCAUCGCCGGACAAAGAGAUGUAAUUGGACUCGAAGAUGAAGAGAUAGCUCAUGAUGAAGCAGGAGACGAAGUCGAGGUGGAGGUGGAGGCUGCCGAGCAGGCGGAUGUUGAUGCGCACGACUCUCCUGCCAAUGCGCCCGAAGACGACGACUCAUUCGACUGGCAAAAUGCUUCCCCAAGCAAUGAUAUCCUACCAAUCGCCUCUACUUCGCGUCUCUCGCCGGUACCCUCUGCGUCAGAGAACACGGAGAUUCCCGAUGAUGUUCAGGUCAUGACGGCUGCGGCCGAACCUGCUACCCCGCCCUCUGCGCCUCCUACUAUGCGAAGCCGCGCGGGCGAUAUACCUCCGAUGCCGACCGACCGACACCUCAAUGAGCAGGUCCUUGUUACAUCGAACGUUGCGGGCCAGCCGGGAGGCCCGCAAGGCCUCGAGACAGGGCAUGAGGAUGAACAGAUGGCCGAUGGAGAGAACGUGGAUGACGUUUCUGGGCCUGGAUCGCCCGUCCAACUGCUGCUUCACGAGUCUGGAAUACAUGACGCUUACAUCAGCACCUUGCACGAGCUUCAUGCUCUGGCGGACGGAAUGCACAUUCCUCAGCCUCAAGAUAGUAUGGGCGAGGAUAUUGUUCGACAUAUUGCCCAUUCCGUAUUCCAACUUGAAGACGAGUUGAAUGAUGCUCUCAAUGUUGCGCAGGCUGCUCAGACAGAACUGGAGACCUUGCGGGGCGGUCAUGCCGAUAUCUCAUCGAUCUACCAGGUCAUCGACAGAGUCUACAACGAUCUGAAGCGUUCGACAGAGAAGAUGGUCGCAUCUCGCUCGACUCCCGCGGCCACGAAUCUGGCACUCUCGCCGCAGGUAUAG